AUGGAUGCUGCUCACAUGCAAAGCGAGUUGGAUCGAGCUAACAAGAAACUGGAUAGGCUAGAGGCGUUGAGACUUGGUACAGAGGAAAGGUACGACCAGGAGAAAGAUACGCUGGAGAAGCAGGAAACUUACUGGUUAGAAGAAAGAAAAAAAUGGGGUGAUGCUUUGCUUGCAUUACGCGCACAGAUAAAUAGCGAUAUUACGACUCAAACACAGGCAAACGGGCAAAGUUGUUUCCAUCGCGUCUAUCCGGGAACAUUUGGUGCCUUAUUCGAGAACCUAACUGACCGGUGCUUUUCUCUUGCUUUCCAUUCGGUCGAUACACUAGAAACGAAGGCAGCAACCAUUUCGAAAACAAAGGUCAAUGAAUUGCCGAAAUCUAGUACUGCUGACGACCAACAAGUGAAACAGAUGCCCGACUACAAAGCGAUGACGAAAACUGAAUUAACGAAAAUGUUGUCAAAGUACGGAGUAAAGCCGGGAAAGCGGGAAGACAUGAUUAAUAUGCUCACAAACAUCUGGUAUUCGUUAGCGAA